CAAAUGCGCGUUCUAAUUGGUCGAGCCAGCGUCUGGUCCCUCCCCGCGCGGAUAUUUGAAAACGGCUUUGUGAAGACGGGAAAUAGUGUCGACUCUCCGACGGAGAAAAACGUAAUUAGACAUGGCUCCCAGGAAGAGGACGACGAAACAACGGAAAAACAACCCAAAGACGGCCAAGCUGGAAGCUUUUCUGGAGGAUUUCGACAGCGAAGUGAAGACCAGAGUUGGACAGCUGAAAGAGAGGAUCAACCAGUUGCUGAAAGAUGUUGACAACAGCUACAACAUGGCAGUAAUUAAGCUCCCCAAGGCUGUCAGGCAAAUGGCCUGGUUGGAACAUUUAAAGUCUGAGAAACCAAAGUCACCAGAGGUGGAUAAUAUAAAGAGACAAGAGGAAGCUGCUAUCGUUGACAGCGUUGUGGCUGAGGACCACGCAGUCCUUCUGAAAUCAGUCAAGAAAACAACAAAGACAAAAGGUGGAGCCAAAUCCAGUCCAGAGGAUGAAAACACCCCGAGUACAACAAGGAAGGGGAAAGCAACAAGGAAGCCCCCGACGACAUCAAAAAGAGCAAAGGCGCUGGCAGUCAACAAGCAGAACACCUCCAUCAGACGAUCGACCAGAAAGCCACUGGUCACUCCUGCCAGGAGUGUGCUGGAUUCUUCUUUGAUGAUGGGCCCCACUCCCCUCAUCACUCCGCGUUUUGACCCAAGGCUUCCCAAGACCCCUGCCGUGAGGAUUCCCCGCCACAAAGAGAGGGUUUAUAGCAUUUCAGUCAACGGCUCUCCCAUUGCAGCAGGGAAUGAGGAUAUUGUCAUCAAUGUCCCCAUCGGAAAUGGAGAGAGCAUUCAGCUACUGGCCAGUCAGAUGGACUCAGUGGACCUGUCUCUACUUGAUGACACCGCUCUGAAGAGCAUUCGGCUGCUGCAGAAUCGCCUUACAACCCUGUGUGCAACAUCAGAGUGACCUGACCGCCUGCUGUUUACUUGUAAAUUACUUUUAAGAACAUUUAUCUUUAUUUCAAAGCUUUGCGUCCUCUCCUCUGGCAUGGUUUGAUUUUUUUCUUUUUUUGCUGAAAGGAGAGAUUUUCAAAGGUGUGACAUACACGGGUUUUGUCAGUACUUUGUUUUACAUAGUAGAUCAUAGUUUUCUUUAAAUCCAACACAUUUGCUGGAAUUCAGUCAGUAAAUGAAAGCUGUCAAAGGUAUAAAUGUUGGUUAAAAUGUGCUUUUAUACCAUUUACUACUACUUCAUUCAUUAAUCUUUGUGAGAGAGUCUAGUUAACUGCCUUACUUACUUCACCUUUCUCUUUUAUGUGGGUAUUACCUCCUGCUUUUGGAGCAUUAGGCUUAAUCUUUGUGGGAAUUCUGCCUAAUGUUUGUCUCAUUCAAGUGCUUUUCUGGGCAUUUAUUACCAUUGUUGAGUCAAACUUGUAAGGUUGUCCUAUAAGCCUUGUAAGACAGUUACUUGACAGAUCUGUACUGUGCAAAUAUGAUUUUACUGUUCAUUCUUUGAUUUGUAAGUACACUCUAACCUUAUAUUUUUGUGUCUUUUACUUUGUCCUUGUUCAAUCAACAAUGCUCCAUGUACAUAGGUCACUCUUUGUCUGCAAGACUGAUAAAGGAUUUCUACCACA